AUGGCAGUAACAUCUAGUCAAGGGCAGCAACUACAUAUGCAGCUGACGCAACAACAUCAAUAUCAGCAUGAACAUCUACCACUGCUGCUGCUACCGCUGCAACAACAACAACAACAACAAUUGCUGCAACAACAACUGCAACAACAACAACAACAACUGCUGCUGCUGCUGCAACAACAACUGUCACUGCUGCAACAGUUGCAGGUGAUUGAUGGCAUGGCAUUAAAUGGAAUCUUCAAAGGUUUAACUUCCAAUUCGAAGGAGUCACGAAAAAAGUAUGCUCAAGAGCUUCAUAACUACUUAACAUCAAUAUCAAGAGACUUAUCUACCGAACAAUUCCAUCGUUAUAAUAAUGAUAUUAAUAAAAUUAUAUUUGAUUUGCUUCAUAGAGAAAGCUCCCUGGAAAUUUUGGGUGGAAUUGCUGCACUCAAUGCUUUGAUCGAAUUUGAUUCUGGUUUGGGUAAUGAAAAUGCCAGUAAGACUGCUAGAUUCUCUAACUACUUGGGUUCAUUGAUCUUGUCAAAUGACAUAACAAUCAUGAGACAGGCGACUAAAACUUUAGGGAGGUUGGCGACGUUGGGGGGUAAUUUAACCAGUGACUUUGUUGACUAUGAGGCAAAGCGAGCAAUUGAAUGGCUACAAAACGAUAGUAAAGCUCACGAAAAUCGCCGUCACGCAGCAAUUCUAAUCUUAACUGCACUUGCAGAUUUUGCUCCACUUUUACUUCUCCCGCUCAUCAAUCAAAUCUUGGAAAAUCUUUGGCAGCCAUUGCGUGAUAACAAGCUCUUGAUUCGCAAAGAUGCAGCAGUGGCAUUACUGAGAUGUAUGGAGAUAUUGAAUGGACGUGAUCCAAAUCUUCGACAACAUUGGGUAAGAAAAUUGAUUGAACUAGCUUCCAAGAUACUCAAUCCCCAUGAUAAAGGAGAUAACAGCAACUACUACAAUAGUAACAAUAAUAUGAGCAACAAUAAUGGUCCUGAUGACUCGAAGUUGAUAUUGGCAUCAACUCAGCUGGGUGGUAACAUCCAUGGAUCACUACUUGUUUAUGAAGUGGUGCUCAAAUUCUACAAAGACCCUUUUGUUGCAUCACGAUUUGGAUCGAUGUACGAAAACUCUAUUUUGUACAAAAACCACAAAGAGUCGGUUAUUAGGCAAGAGUUGACCAAUAUUUUCUCCUUACUUUGUAAAGUCGAUACUGACUUGUUUGUUGAGAGAUAUUUACACAGAACGUUUUAUUAUUACCUAUCACAAUUGAAGAAGUACAGGGGCCUGCAUACAGAACUGGCAACUGCCGACAAAUGUGCUAUUUUUUACAGCAUCGGUAAAAUUGCCAUUGAGGUCGGGAAUCAAACUGCAACUUAUUUAGAUGCAAUCUUGGACAAUAUCAGAGAAGGCUUGGCCUACACAUCUAGUGGAGGUGUUCAACUGAUAUUGACGAAUGCCGGAAACCAGAGUGAUAAUGCAACUAUUAUUCAAGCCAACAUCACGGCGAUAUCUUCCUCUUCCAAAACCCACAUCACAAAAAGAGGUCUCGAGCCGGCUAUUUUUGAUUGUAUUGGCAAGUUAUCCAUUGCUGUUGGGCCCGCUUUAACGAAGCAUCUUCAGCGUGACAUAUUGGACUUGAUGUUUGCAAACUGCUCUCUAUCUGUACACUUGCAAGACGUGCUACAAAUCCUUUGCAAAAAUAUACCUUCUCUUUCUCCUUUGAUUAAUGAAAAACUACUUCAUUUGCUCAGCUUAGCGUUGGCUGGAAAAGGUUUCCAACCUCCCGGGUCACCAUACGGCAUAACAAAAAUCAACAGAAAGCUCGCUCGAGAUUGCCGGUUAAUAAUGAUUUCGAGGGAUACUGGGUUGGGGAUCUCGAGCAUAAGAGACGAUCAUGAGUUAUACGAGCACCAAGAUAGUCAAAUCAUUGUUCAAGCGCUUGAAAUGUUGACUGCUUUUCCCUUUGAAAAUUACCAGUUGAAUGAAUUUGUUCGGUAUUGCACCAUAACAUACUUGGAAAGCAAUGAUCCGCAAGUGAGACUAACAGCUACAAGGACAUCUUGCGAGAUUUUUGUCAAGGAUCCAAUAUGUCAACAGGUUAGUAUAAAUGCAUUAAAUGCAGUUCAUGAUGUCUUGUGUAAAUUGUUGGCAAUCUCAAUCACAGAUCCGGUACCUGAAAUCAGGAUAACCGGUUUGAAAUCCCUCGCGGCUGCGGGAAGCUUUGACCCACAACUUUCACAAGCAGAAAAUGUAAAGCUUUUAUUUAUUGCAUUAAAUGACGAAGUGUUUGAAGUAAAGAAAGUAGCCAUGAAGAUUUUGGGUCGGUUAUCAUCAAUCAACCCCGCUUAUAUUGUACCAUCAUUAAGAAAGACCUUGAUUCAGUUGCUAUCAAAACUCGACUACUCGGUAAGUAGUCGAAGCAAGGAAGAAAGCGCAGUAUUGUUGUCAAUUUUGAUAAGCAACUCAAAAGAACUAACAAGACCAUAUGUCAAACCAAUAAUGGCGUCCUUACUUCCUAAGGCAAAAGAUGCAAGCUCCAGUGUUGCUUCUAGUGCCAUCAAGUGUUUGGGAGAGCUUGCAGUGGUUGGUGGGGAAGAUUUGAAACCAUUCCAAUCAGAAUUGAUGCCGCUUAUUUUGGAUACUUUCCAAGAUCAAAGUUCUUUUUACAAACGUGAUGCUGCAUUGAAAACUUUAGGUCAAUUCUCAUCGUCUUCGGGUUAUGUUAUUCAACCAUUGCUCGACUAUCCGCAAUUGCUUGGAAUGUUGGUUGCCAUUUUAAAAUCUGACAACUCGGUGCUGAUUAGAAGAGAAACUGUUCGGUUGUUGGGAAUCUUGGGUGCUUUGGAUCCGUACAAGCAUAGAGAAGUUGAGGAAACAUCAAAAAACAUUCCUGUAGAGCAGAAUGCUCCACCUAUAGAUGUUGCCUUGUUGAUGCAGGGUCUCUCGCCAUCGAACGAAGAAUACUAUCCAACAGUUGCAAUCACAAACUUGAUGAAAAUCCUUAAGGACCCGUCAUUGAAUUUGCUUCACACAAAGGUUAUACAAGCAAUAAUGUACAUUUUUCAAACUUUGGGUUUGAGAUGUGUCACUUUUCUUCCACAAAUUAUACCGGGUCUCAUUAGUGUGAUGCAUUCGUCGCUGCAUAAUAUGCUCAAGUUUUAUUUUCAACAACUAGGUGACAUCAUAUUGAUUGUUAAACAACAUAUACGACCUUAUUUAGACGAUGUGCUCAAAGCCGUUAAACAAUAUUUCGUAUUCAAUACCCUGAUGAAUCUCCAAGUAACUAUUAUACUUGUUAUACAAUCGAUCUCAAAAGCAUUGGAUGGUGAGUUUAAAGCUUAUUUACCCGAAAUUUUGGAUCUUUUGUUGGGAGUUUUGGAAGAAGAUAAUUCAAAUGACAAAAUCUCGUCAUUUCAAGUAUUAAAAAGCUUUGUUAUAUUUGGCAAUAACAUUGUGGAAUUUGUUGAUAUAAUAGUGCCAACAAUUGUGAGAAUGUUUGAAAGUGGACCUUUGGAGUUGAGAAUUGCCGCGAUUGAAACUAUUGGAAGAUUGUCAAGAAAAGUAUCCUUAAAUGAUAUGGCAUCGAGAAUUAUACAUCCAAUCUUGAGGAUUUUAAAUCUGGGAUCCAUUGAGUUAAGAGAACCAUGUAUCAAUACAUUAAAUCAGAUGCUUCUUCAUUUGGGGGCAGAGUUUGUUGUUUUUAUCCCAGUGAUUAAAAAGACUAUGGUCUCUCAGCGUAUUAAUUCUCCGAAAUUUGAACUGUUGGUAAACAAACUUUUGAGCGGUGAUCCAUUACCGCAUAGUAUGGAGAUCUACAAGGAAUACGAUAAUAAUUCCAAUGAGCCUGAAUCUGACCUGUCAUCGAAAAAAUUACCGGUAAACCAAAAUGCUUUGAGAAUAGCCUGGGAUGCAAGUCAACGUAUUACCAAAGAAGACUGGCAGGAAUGGAUAGAUGGUUUGAGUAAAGAGAUGCUUUUACAGAGUCCGUCGCAUGCCAUUCGUGCAUGUGCUAGUUUAGCUGCAGAUUACUAUCCAUUGGCGAAAGAUCUUUUUAAUGCUAGUUUUGCCAGUUGCUGGAAUGAAUUGUACUCGCAACAUAAAGAAGAGUUAGUUCAGGCUUUCUGUAUCGCGCUUUCGUCGCCAACAAAUCCUCCUGAAAUCCAUCAAACACUUUUAAACUUGGCGGAGUUUAUGGAGCACGAUGACAAGUCAUUACCAAUUGCAAUCAGCACAUUGGGUCAGUAUGCUCAGCAAUGUCAUGCAUUUGCAAAAGCUUUGCACUAUAAAGAAUUGGAGUUUUACGAAGAACCCACCACGCCUACAAUUGAAUCCUUGAUAAGCAUCAAUAACCAGUUACAGCAAUCCGAUGCGGCUAUUGGUAUCCUUAAGCAUGCGCAAUUGCACCACGAUUUGCAAUUGAAAGAAACCUGGUAUGAGAAACUUCAUCGAUGGGAUGAUGCCCUCGAAGCAUACAAUGAGAGAGCCAGAGUCGAACCGGAUAACAUGGAAGUAACAUUGGGUAAGAUGAGAUGUUUUCACGCAUUGGGAGAGUGGGAACAACUUUCGGAGUUGGCAAGAAGUAAGUGGGAAUCAACUAGUAAUGAUAUGAGACGCAGUAUUGCACCAUUAGCAGCUGCUGCAGCUUGGGGUUUGGGACAAUGGGAUAGAAUGGAUGAUUGCAUUAAAGUUAUGAAAACUGCAUCACCGGACAAAGCAUUUUUUGAUGCUAUUUUGAACUUGCACCGUAAUAACUUUGACGAGGCUUCCAACCAAAUAUCGAAAGCACGAGAUCUCCUUGUGACAGAAAUCACAGCGCUUGUGAGUGAAAGUUACAAUAGAGCCUAUGGAGUAGUAGUGAGAGUGCAAAUGUUGGCCGAGUUGGAAGAGAUUAUCAAAUACAAGUGUUUACCUCAGGGUUCGGAGAAGAGAGCCGUUAUGCGAAAGACGUGGAAUACCAGAUUGCUUGGAUGUCAACGGAAUGUUGAUAUCUGGCAAAGAAUGUUGAAAGUCAGGACAUUGGUGAUCAAGCCCAAGCAAGAUAUGGACAUGUGGAUCAAGUUUGCAAACCUUUGUCGGAAGUCUGGUAGGCUUAAUCUUGCAGAAAAGUCUUUGAACUUGCUCCUUGAAGAAGGAUCGGCCGAAAACCCAUCUCGUGCACCACCGCAAGUGGUAUAUGCGCAAUUGAAGUACAUGUGGGCUAAGGGUCAGAGACCUGAAGCAUUGAGGCAUCUUGUGGACUUCACCACGAGAAUGUCUCAGGACCUCAAAUUGAAUCCAAAUGAUUUGAUAACACAACCUCUACCUUCGGAAGGACCCGGUAUACCAAAACAUGUUGAGGAAUACACAAGAUUGUUGGCAAGAUGCUUUUUAAAACAAGGUGAAUGGCAAAUUGCGUUAAACAGCAAUUGGAGGUUGGAAACUUCUGAAAUUAUCUUGGGUGCAUAUUUAUUGGCUACUCAUUUUGAUAGCAAAUGGUAUAAGGCUUGGCAUAACUGGGCGUUGGCAAAUUUCGAGGUGAUUUCAUUGUACACGAGUGAGGUUCAAAUGGGAAAUAACGACAAUAAUAAUAGUAAUAACAAUAGCCUUAACAGCAACAACAAAGUGGAGCAUUUAGAAGAUCAGCCUUUGAAUAAUGGUCAACCACGUGAUGCAAAUUUUGAUAAGUACAACGGCAACAAUAAGAGCAAUAACAGCAACAACAACAACAACAACAACAAUAAUAACAACAAUAAUAAUAAUAAUAAUGCUGGUUUUGGUGCUGGUGCUGCUGGUGCUGCAUAUGGAACAAAUAUAGUAAUGAUGGAAACAGUACAACGACAUGUGAUUCCCUCUAUUAAAGGUUUUUUCCAUUCAAUUGCCCUUUCAAACACUAACUCACUUCAAGAUAUGUUGCGGUUGUUAACACUUUGGUUUAAAUUUGGUGGAAUCCCCGAGGCAGCUAAAGCUAUGACGGAUGGGUUUAGUAUGGUGAAAAUAGAUAAUUGGUUGGAAGUGAUUCCGCAACUUAUUUCGCGGAUUCAUCAACCCAAUGAGAUUGUUAGUAGUUCUCUCUUUGGAUUGCUAACAGAGCUAGGUAAGGCACAUCCUCAAGCCUUGGUGUAUCCAUUGGCUGUGGCAAUUACUUCUGAGUCAGCCAGCAGAAAGAAAGCUGCCCAGUCGAUUAUCGAAAAGAUGAGAUUCCAUUCGGCAACUUUGGUAGACCAGUCGGAGUUGGUUAGUAAAGAGCUUAUUCGUGUUGCUGUAUUGUGGCAUGAACAAUGGUAUGAAGGCUUGGAAGAUGCAUCUAGAUUGUUUUUUGGAGAGAAAAACACCGACAAAAUGUAUGAAGUUUUGGAGCCUUUACAUCAAAUGUUGCAACGUGGGCCAGAAACUAUGCGAGAGCAAGCAUUUGCAAAUGCGUUUGGCCGUGAUUUGGCAGAUGCGUUUGAAUGGGUGAUGAACUUUAAAAGAACCAAUGAUGUAACAAACUUGAAUCCCGCCUGGGAUAUAUAUUACAAUGUCUUUAGAAGGAUCACAAGGCAGUUACCACAGCUUGUUAGUCUUGAGUUACAAUUUGUAUCGCCAAUGCUUGAAAAGGCUCAUAAUUUGGAAUUGGCGUUACCGGGUACUUAUGAAGCAGGAAAGCCAAUUAUACGAAUUGUCAAGUUUGACCCAACAUUUUCUGUGAUUUCAUCAAAGCAAAGACCUAGGAAGCUAUCUAUUCGAGGAAGCAAUGGUAAAGAUUAUCAAUAUGUGUUGAAAGGUCACGAGGAUAUUAGGCAGGAUAAUUUGGUCAUGCAAUUGUUUGGGUUGGUAAACACUCUUUUGGUCAAUGAUCCAGAGUGUUUCAAGAGACAUUUGGACAUCCAGCGAUAUUCGGCAAUACCUUUGUCUCCCAAAGUAGGUUUACUUGGUUGGGUUCCUAAUAGUGAUACUUUCCAUAUGCUCAUUAAGGGUUAUAGAGAGUCAAGAAGUAUUAUGUUGAAUAUUGAGCAUCGUCUUUUACUACAAAUGGCUCCAGACUAUGAUAUUCUCACGUUAUUACAAAAAGUUGAGGUAUUUACAAGUGCAUUAGAUAAUACAAGAGGACAAGACUUGUACAAGGUGCUUUGGCUCAAGUCGAAGUCUUCUGAAGCAUGGUUGGAUCGCCGUACAACAUACACAAGAUCAUUAGCUGUGAUGUCUAUGGUUGGUUAUAUAUUGGGAUUGGGCGAUAGGCAUCCAUCCAAUUUGAUGUUGAAUAGAACUACAGGUAAAGUUAUACACAUUGAUUUUGGUGAUUGCUUUGAAGCAGCAAUCCUUCGAGAAAAGUACCCUGAAAAGGUUCCAUUUAGGUUAACUAGGAUGUUGAAUUAUGCAAUGGAGGUGAGUGGUAUUGAGGGUUCAUUCCGAAUUACAUGCGAACAUGUCAUGCGGGUGUUGCGGGACAAUAAAGAAUCUUUGAUGGCGAUUUUGGAAGCAUUUGCAUAUGACCCGUUGAUCAAUUGGGGAUUUGAUUUCCCGACUAAAGUUUUAGCGGAAGCUACUGGAACUCGGGUUAAUUUGGUUAAUGUCAAGGACUUGUUGAGGGCAGGCAAAAUUGACGAAGUAGAGGCUGCGAGAUUACAAAAGCAAAAUCAAUUAGAAAUUAGAAAUGCAAGAGCGGCAUUGGUGUUGAAAAGAAUAACCGAUAAACUCACAGGAAACGAUAUUAAACGAUUAAAAGGUUUGGAUGUUCCAACGCAAGUGGACAAAUUGAUACAACAAGCUACCAGUGUUGAGAAUUUGUGUCAGCACUACAUUGGAUGGUGUUCUUUUUGGUAA